AUGCGCAGGGGUGCCUUUGGUGCAGCGGAAACUGUGGGAGCCGAUCCAGCUGAUGGUGUUGAUGGUGCUGAUGUCGCCGUGAACGGAGAGAACGGUGCUGAUGGUCCUGCACCUCUCGAAGAUGCUGCUGCACAGGGCUUAGAGGGAGAAGAGGAGGAUCCUGUCAGCAAAGCACUUAUGGAACAAGUUGCAGCUGCAGAGGCAGGGGAAGCUUGA